AUGAGCAGAACAGAACCACCAAUCAUGACAGCAAUGCUUUACGACGCGUUACGUGACGAGGUGUACACCUGUGCAAAGUGUAUGAGGAGUUUCAAGGUGGUCGGUUCACUGCGGAGGCACCUACGAUACUUUUGCAGUCGGAAGCAGCCAAAAGUGACCGGUUUUAUAGAACACGGCGUCGAUAAUUACGAGUGUCAGGUGUGCCACCGGCAGUACAAAUCGUACGCGACGAUGAGACGCCAUCUGGUGUACGAGUGUCAAAAACCGGCCACCAUUGAGUGUCCCGUAGUGCACUGCAACUACAAAGCCAAGUUUAAAAACAGGAUGCUGCAGCACUACUACCGAUACGUCUGUGAGAAGUGCAACAAACCUUACAAGAAGUGGAUAUCGUUCUACGUGCAUCGAAAGUACGAUUGCGGUACCGGCACCACCUUGGUGUGCGGGUAUCUCAAUUGCGGUACUAAAAUCAAUCGGAGAAGCAGUAUGAAACGGCACAUGAUGACGCACAACGUCCUGCCGUGCGAGUGGGAGAACUACGUCAUUACGAAAGACACCACUAUUUAG